AUGUUGUCAAAAUGUUUGUGUCUCUUAGCUGUUAUUGUGGCCAUCAGUGGCACCCACUAUGACGGCGGAUACUCGACAUCGCACCGACAACAAGACAAUCAUGGAAAUUACAAGUUUGGCUAUAAUAUAAAGGACAAGGAGGGCGGCGAAAAUUCACGAGAGGAAAAGGGUGGUCCACACGGAGGUGUUGUCGGAUCAUACAGUCUGUAUACUCCUAAGGGUGGCAAACGUACUGUUCACUAUGUGGCCGAUAAACAAGGAUUUCGAGCACAUGUCGAUACCAAUGAGCCGGGAACUGGUCAUCAGGACGCCGCCGAUGCCAUCUAUAACGGUGUAGACAACACUCACGGCUAUAAUAACGGCAAUCAACAUACAUACAAUCAACAUCAGAGCCAUAAUGAUUACAACAACAAUAAUAAUAAUAACAAUUUUAAUGGUUAUAGUGCUCAGGCAUACCUUGGAAAUGGUAACAAUAAUUAUAAUGGCCAGGGUAGAAACUUGAACAAUAACAACAACAACAAUAAUAAUAAUAAUAAUAACUAUGAUGGCCAAGGACCUUUGAUCAACUUCUAA